AGAGAGUUGACCUUCCACCACAUUCUCAGCAUAGCAGCACGUCGGGAUGAUGAGGCCAGGACGGUCCGUGGCGUGAGAAUGACUUGUGGGGUUGUGCGUAUAUUCACGCUAGCAGAGCAAAUCCCGCUGUAAGCCUGGGCGAGGGUCCCUGUGAUUUGCAAUCACGGCUGCUGGUUUCACUUGAAGAGCUGUGCACGGCGGGUUUUGUAUGACCCUGCAGUUUCGAAAAUGCAGAGAAGUCAGACUGAGCAUCUCUAUAAGAUUUUAGUCGUCGGCGACCUGGGGGUAGGAAAGACCAGUAUCAUAAAACGUUACGUGCAUCAAAACUUUUCCCAACAUUAUCGAGCUACCAUAGGCGUGGAUUUCGCUCUCAAAGUUAUCCACUGGGACUCGGACACUGUGGUUCGGCUGCAGUUAUGGGAUAUCGCCGGUCAAGAACGAUUUGGGAACAUGACAAGAGUAUAUUACCGAGAAGCCAUUGGAGCUUUCAUAGUGUUUGAUGUGACACGAGCCUCAACAUUCGAAGCAGUGUCAAAAUGGAAGGAUGAUUUAGACUCGAAACUGACUCUCCCCAAUGGCAAACCUGUCUCUGUUGUCUUGCUGGCAAACAAAUGUGAUCAAGAGGGUGAGUUCUUAUCUGCCAAUCCUGGAAAAAUGGAACAGUUCUGCAAGGAUCAUGGAUUUAUCAGCUGCUUUGAAACUUCAGCAAAGGAAAACGUCAACAUUGAGGAAGCAGCCCGGUGUCUGGUGAAACACAUCAUCGCCAGUGAGAAUGACCUUGCACGUUCUGUGGAAUCUGACGUGGUCACCCCAACACUCAAUUCCUUCAGAAGCAAAGGCAGCUGCUCUUCUUGUUUCAAGGCCUAGACUUUCAGUGCUCACAAAUCUUGAUAUCAUCGUAAAAACGAGGAACUGCAGAUGCUGGUUUACAAAAACAGAUGCAGUGCUGGAGGAACUCAGCAGGUAAGGUAGUACCCCAGAGGACAUGGAAAGGUGACAUUUCAGCUCGGGACCCUACAUCAUUCUGAGGAAGGGUCCCGGCCUGAAAUGUCUCCUAUCCAUGUUCUCCAGGGAUACUGCCUGACCCAUUGAGUGUCUAAGAUUUCAUUGUAAUGGGUCUGUCCCACUUACGUGAUUUUUUCAGCAACUUGCAGGUGCCUGUCAUAGUUGAAGCAGGUCGCUGAAAAUUUUCAACAUGUUGAAAAUCCAGCGGCGACCAGAACAAGGUACGACUCUGGGCAACUACUCACGACCAUACAGGCUUCACCCCGCGACAUGUCGCCAGGGUGUCACCUGUAUGGUCGUGAGUAGUUUCCUCAGUCACCCAAAGAGUCGUAGCAUCUGUCUGGUCGUCGCUGGAUUUUCCAUGUUGAAAAUUUUCAGCAACCUGCAACGACCUAUGAUGGGUGCCGGCAGUCGCCGAAAAAGUCGCGUAAGUGGGACAGGCCCAUCACUGAGUUGCAAAAUUGCAAGUUACAGCAGCAAUACUUUUAACUGGAGCCUGGAAGAAGAUGAGAUUUGGAAAGUAAAAAAAAAUAUAUGGUUCAAAAAUAUCAAGUUCACUUUGUGGGAACAUGUAACAUGGAAAAAUAUUUCCAAACUGUUUCACAAGAGUAUGAAAUAAAAUGAGUU